UCAUUGGUGACUGUAGUCGAAAUGCGUCUUAUUUUAGUUAUUGUGGUGGCGUUGGUGGCUUCUGCUUCUGCCUUCGUGGAAGUGCUUGGUCCUCGGGGGUACCAUGAGGAGAUUGGGAUCCCUCUGGCGACGGCCUUGAAGGAGGCUGAGGAGCAGAUGAUAGCGAGCAUGGCGCGGCAAAACUUCGACAACAGGGUCGUAGGCGGAGUCAUCGCGCCCGCUAACUCCCACCCCUAUUUGGGUGGCUUGCUGAUCAACUUCGUCAACAUCGCCGGUACAUCAGUAUGUGGCUCCUCCCUGCUCUCCUCCACGAGGCUGGUGACCGCCGCCCACUGCUGGUUCGACGGGCGCAACCAGGCCAGCAUGUUCACCGUCGUCCUGGGCACCCAGAUGCUGUGGGCAGGCGGCCAGCGCAUCACGACUUCCAACGUAAUCAUGCACCCUCAGUGGAACCCGUGGAACUUGUCCAAUGAUGUUGCCAUGAUCUAUCUGCCCUUCGGAGUCACGUUCACAACCACCAUCCAGCCAAUCGCGCUGCCGAAUAACUGGGAGCUGUCCCAGACCUUCGUCGGGGAGUGGGCGGUGGCCGCAGGAUACGGCAAGACCAGUGACAGUCAGGUGGGCGCAUCCGCGGUGGUCAGCCACGUCAGCCUGCAGGUGAUCACGGUGCAGGCGUGCCGUAACGUUUUCGGAUCCACCUUCGUCUUCGAUAGCACCCUCUGCACCAGCGGCGCUGGUUUCGUCGGCGUCUGUGGUGGAGACUCCGGUGGACCUCUGUUCGUGGAGAGGAGUGGGCAGAAACUUUUGAUCGGCAUCAGCUCGUUCGUAGCUGCCAACAACUGCCAGGGCGGUCACCCAUCCGCUUUCGCGCGCGUCACCAGCUUCAUCAACUUCAUACGUCAGCACAUACAUCUGACAAAAUAUCCACCUGUAUUGAAAAUUGUAAAUAUAAUGGCGUCAGUGGUGGGUUCCGUGGAGGUGUUCGGCCCUCGUGGGUACCAUGCAGAGGUCGGAAUCCCUCUGGCGAAGGAGCUGAAGGCGGCUGAGGAGCAGAGGAUCGCGAGCAUGGCGCGGCUGGCUGGAACAAUGGAUGAAAAAGUCGUCGGCGGUGUCGCUGCACCCCUUCAUGCUCACCCCUACCUGGGUGGCUUGCUGAUCCAUUUCUGGAACACCCUUGACCAAUCAGUCUGCGGCUCAUCUCUAGUGUCUGCCAACCGGCUGGUGACCGCCGCCCACUGCUGGACCGACGGCUUCAUCACCGGCAGAAUGCUCACAGUCGUGCUGGGCAGCGAGGAACUCUGGGACGGAGGCCUGCGCAUCUCUACAUCAGUUGUCGUCACCCACCCCCAGUGGAACCCUUGGAACUACUCCAAUGAUGUUGCCGUGAUCUACCUGCCAUGGUCGAUUUCCUUUUCGAAUGUUAUCCAGCCAAUUUCGCUGCCCAGCGACUGGGAGCUGCACCUGACCUUCGAGCAUGAGUGGGCUAUUGCUGCAGGAUACGGGAAGACCAGUGACAGUCAAGUUGGCGCCUCGAAUGUGGUCCACCACGUCAACCUGUGGGUGAUCACGGAGGCGGCCUGCCGCCACGUGUACGGUGAAGAAUACAUAUUCUCCAGUACCUUGUGCACCAGCGGCUUUGGCUUCGUCGGCGUCUGUGGCGGGGACUCCGGAGGACCCCUAUUUGUGCAGAGGAACGGGCAAAGAGUCUUGAUCGGCAUCAGCUCCUUCGUGGCCAAGGACAACUGCCAGGGCGGCCACCCAUCCGCCUACGCGCGCGUCACCAGCUUCAUCCCCUUCAUCCGACAGCACAUGUGUACAAUAGUGGUGACAGUCCCAAUAAUGCGUUUGGUUUUCGUGAUAGUUGCGUUGGUGUCGUCUGUGGUGGGUUCCGUGGAGGUGUUCGGACCUCGCGGGUACCAUGAGGAGGUCGGCAUCCCUCUGGCGAAGGAACUAAAGGCAGCUGAGGAGCAUAAUGUGGCGAGCAUAGCGCGACUGGCUAACGAGUUUGAAGACAGAGUUGUCGGUGGAGUUGCAGCACCUAUUGCUGCUCACCCCUAUUUGGGCGGCUUAGUGAUCAGCUUCUUCAACAUCGCCGGCAACUCGGUAUGCGGCUCCUCCCUGGUGUCAGCCACCCGCCUGGUGACCGCCGCCCACUGCUGGUUCGACGGCGUCAACCAGGCCAACCUGUUCACUGUCGUCCUGGGCACCAACUUCAUCUGGUCUGGUGGCCUUCGCAUCUCUACGUCGAACGUCUUCAUGCACCCCCAGUGGACCCCAUCGAACUUAUCCAAUGACAUCGCUGUGAUCUACCUGCCCUGGGCUAUAUCUUUUUCGAACGUCAUCCAGCCGAUUGCGCUGCCCAGCAGUUGGGACCUGCACCAGACCUUUGAGGGACAAUGGGCUGUGGCCGCUGGAUUUGGAAAGACCACCGACAGUCAAGUGGGCCCCUCAGCACAAAUCAACCAAGUGAACCUGCAGGUGAUCUCCGAACAAGCCUGCCGUAACGUGUACGGCGCGAACUUCGUAUUCCCGAGCACCCUCUGCACCAGCGGACUCGGCUUCGUCGGCGUCUGCAGCGGUGACUCCGGUGGACCUCUCUUCGUGACGAGGAAUGGCCAAAGAACGCUGCACAUUUCUACAACCAUCUUCUCAGGAGAUACUCUUAAAAUGUUGGGGAAAAUUAUAUUUCUGAUACUGCCAGUGGUUUUGAGUGCGACGAAGUUCUGUGCAGAUGAAUCUUGUGGUAGCAGUAGCCAGAGGAUAGGUGCUGGAGUGAUCACAGAGCGGAACUCCCGACCUUUUCAAGUGGCGCUGUAUUCGAGGGUGGGAACGACAGGCGAGCUGGGGUUCUGCGGGGGCGCGCUCAUCGACCAGCAAUGGGUGCUCACCGCCGCCCACUGCUGCUUCCACGGUGGACAGCAGGUUGACAAUGUACAGGCUAUCCUCGGCGGACACUCAUUGUACGACCGGUACGAGAAUGGCCGACGGGUGGUGAACGUAGACUCCAUCACCAUACACCCUGACUGGGACCCGGACACCUUCGCCCAUGACCUGGCGCUGCUGCAUCUUGCCAACACCGUGCAGAUCACUGAUAUGAUUGAUGUUGUGCGUCUCCCAUACGGCACCAUGAUAGCAGCCAACUUCGCUGGACAGGGGGCGACGGCUUCUGGGUGGGGUAUCGCUGCUGAAGGCGUUACCUUCAUAUCCCCCACGCUCCGACAAUUCUUCAUGACGGUGAUGACGGACACACUAUGCAACUCUUUGUACGCAAACAUGCUGCCACCCAACACUGUUUGUGGGUUCUCUGUUACUUCUGGCACGUGCAAGGGUGAUAAUGGCGGCCCUUUGACAAUUUUCAACAAUGCUACCGAAGAAACGAUUCUGAUUGGGAUUACGUCGUUCAUUGACCUUAGCGGGUGCAACGUCGGCGUGCCCUCGGUUUUCACGCGGGUGCAGAUGCAUCUGAACUGGAUAAACGAGGUCACUGGAGUACCUUUGUAAAAGACUCUCUGCGUCAGCGACCAAAUACGACGUUGCUUCGUGAAGCGACUAUUGACACUUUAAGACUGGGUUGCACCGUUCGCGCUAAGUUUGCCGGUCUGUGGAAUGCGCGUCCCUUCCCCAACCGCGAUUAAACGCAAUUAAUGUGUCUUAUUUUACAC